AUGGUCAAGUCGCAGUCGGCUAACGUUAUCGCUCGGUCGCUGAUAUCGCCGGUGGUAUCGAACGCGUCGCCGCCCGGCUAUAAGUCGUCGUUCCCACCGUGCAGGAUGCCCCGGGACCCCAUGUCCGUGCCCAAUUUUGGGGUGGCCCUGACCCCGGUCGAGGCCACCAAGCUCGUGUACCUGGAGGGCGAGGAGGCGCCGAGCCCGCGCGUCGAGUUCGAUCACGACUUUGGGUCCGUGCACAUGCGGUUCCACCCCAACGGGCUGCUGUCGUCCGGGUCGUCGACGCUCAACAAGACGCUCAACCGGCGCAGCUACCCGAUGACCAGUUCCGCGUCCGCCCGGUUUGGCAACCCGUACAGCACUCCCGAGGAACCGGGUGAGAUCACUUCCGGUUACGUCAGCAUCGAGACGGUGCACCAGUCACCCAACAGCGGCGACGGGCCCAUGUGCUUCUCCAACCCCAACUACAUGGCGGCCGACAUACAGAACGCCAUAUCCAAAGGUGAUUACGUCAAACUCAACAGUCCGCCGGACAGUCUGCUGGAGGACAGCGACAACGCGUUCGAAAUGCGCGACAUGAACCGUCCGGCGCCGCCCAAGACUUUGGCGCUAAACUCGUCGACGGCGUUCAACUCGAGUUCGGACGUCCGGUCGUCGACGAAAGCGGCGCGGGCCGCGAGCGCUGGACGCGCGUCGGCGAUGGGUCGCGGCGGCGGUGGUGGCGGUGCAGUCGUCGAGCAUCAUCAAGUCAAAGAGUACGCGGUGUACCUUUUGGGUGGCAUGGAACGCGACGGUUCCGUGACUGUGUUCAAAAAGCCUAUGGCCGUGUGGAAGCUCAGCAUGUUCUUCAGGAAUGUGCAGUGA